AUGUUGAAUGUUCUAAUGCCAGAAGAAUUCGAGGGACAACACCAAGCUCUGCAAACAACCCAAUUGAAGUUGGAGCUUUACCUGCUGUCCAAUGCUCUUGCCUUUCACGAUACACAUACACGGUCCGUCGAGACAAUCGCAGCACAAGACGCGCACCUAUUGCAGACAGCUCGAAGCCUCCGCUGGCACAACUCGAGUCAUUUCAAAGUUCUUCUCGCUAGUCACGAGCCGACGGCUGAGGCCAUUGCUGAGGAACUCUUCGCAAGUGCGAUACGGCUAGCGGAUACCAGGAUUGUCAAGGCCAUGCUCGAGGCUGGGAUGGAUCCGAAUAGACCCAUUCACGCAUUUCCAAACAUCAUGACUCCUUUAGGGUGGGCCGCGUAUAUUGAGAAGGACAAGGCACACCGAGGAGCUACCGCUUUGCUGUACGCAAUUUGCAAGAACAACAAAGCGGUCAUUAAGGUGCUCCGCGAUCGUGGGACUGUUGUUUCCAUCGAGUGUCUCGCUGCUGCUGCGAAUGUGGUAGAGGGAGACCUCUUUGAUGACCUUCUAAGUCACUGCGACAAUCCGAAUGGACUAUACCAGGAAUCCAUCAGGCAGUUUCGGUUUUCUCGAGAUGAAGCCCAAGGUAAAGCCGGAGGUGAAGCCACGCUACUGGGUGCAGCGGCGAAGUCUGGAAGAUCGGAGAUCAUUCAACGGGUCUUACAAGCCUGCCCAGGGCUCGUCAACCCGGGCCAAGUCAGGGAAAGUUCAAGCUAUCUUUCUCAUCUCUUGAUAGCGGUUGAUUUCAACCGCACUGAAGUUCUUCAGACGUUAAUUUACGCGGGAGUCGAUCUACAGGCCAGUUAUAAUGGCUGGACGCCGUUUCUAUGUGCUUUGAAAAACAAGAAUAUGAAGGUAUGCAAGAUUUUGAUUGACAAUGGUGCUCAAAUCCACAAUCCACUGUCUCAUGGCAACCAGCGAACAUUGAACAAGGUGUUGCCGACAUACUAUUAUUCCGCAGAUAUCAUCCACCAACUGAAAAUAUUCAAAAUUAAGACCGAAGAAGACUAUAGCCGAUGGGUUAGGAUCAUGCUCGCAACAGCCAUUGCGGGAGGGGACCAUAUGCUCAUUGCCCAGUUAGCAAACUUCGUCGUGACUCCGAGUAACCUGAGUAUCGACGAGAUCAAGGACGCGGACACAGCAAUGCAUGUUAACGAAACCGAAGCUCUGCGAGGUAUUUUGGAUUAUUCUGGCCCAAACAUCCUGCUAAAAGCCUUGGAACAACAAAAGCUUGACCUAGCAUGGUGGCUCAUUGAUCGGGAUGUCAACCUACUCAAUGCUAAAUUCCACAGCCACAUACCGUUAAGCAUUGCAGCUAAAGAGGGCAACCUGCCCAUGGUGGAAGGCCUCAUUGGCCGCGGGUCGAGAGUGACUGACCGCGAGCUAGUUGAGGCUGUACAUUGCAUCCAAAACGAAGGCGGUAGCAUUGACGUGCUUCAACGCCUACUAGUUAACUUUCGAGGCCGUGCUCCUAGCGCAGUCGCACUCGCUGGGUUUGGGCGAAGAUUGGAUCUACUACAACUCACUCUUUCAACAGGCGCAGACCCUACGGGCGUGCCGCAUCCUUGUUGUGGUUCUUGGGGUCGACCAUGUGAACCUGCGAACGGGACAUAUCGGCAGACUGCCUAUGUUUCUGGACCUCAUUCGGCUUUGGAGAUAGUAGCAGCAGGAGGUAGCAGUUCGGCUCUGGAGGCCGUAAUACAGUCGACCUCAAAUGACUGGGGUCCAGAAUUAGUCGGUCGUGCCCUAGCGCUGGCUGUCUACUUUUACGGAGCGGAGUUGGUUGAUCGACUCCUCCAAUUGAGUCCCAACGUCAAUGAGGAGAUAGCGGUCGACCAUUUAGGGCAUUUAGGGCUAAACUUCGUCAUGAAUGAGAUCUAUAUUAUGAUCUACACGGCUCUCCAGGCCGCGGUACAGCAUCAACUAAUUCCCCUCGUUCGCAAGCUGCUCGAUCUCGAUGAGAUUGACAUCAACUACCCUGCAAAGGGAUUCGGCGGCCGUACAGCAUUACAGCGUGCUGUGGAAUGUGGAAACUGGGAGCUAAUAAGCCUUCUUCUCAGCCGAGGUGCCGAUGUCAAUAACGCGCCUGCCGAGAAGAUAGGUGCUACUGCUUUGCAGCUCGCAGCAAUCAAAGGUUACCUGCCUAUCGCCUCUGAACUCAUCCGUCUCGGUGCGAAUGUCAACGCGAAAGGCGCAAGGUACUCCGGGAGAACAGCUCUUGAAGGUGCAGCGGAACAUGGCCGGAUUGACAUGGUCCACCUGCUUCUCGAGCACGGCGCCUUGAUACAUGGCAGAUUCGGCAGAAGGCAAUACAAUAACGCUGUUCAGUUCGCACGGGAGAAUUGUCAUUACGCUACUGCGAAACUGUUGGAGUCGUUCAUGGAGAAGUUGGGCCCAGUGCAGGGUGGGAUUGUGGAGGAUUCUGAGGAUUUGGAUGCCUCUGAAGACUCGGAUGGCUCUGAAGCCUCUGAAGACUCGGAUGCCUUUUCAGACUCCUGGUGA